UCUUUUGCUGAAGUAGCCAAGGAGCAGAUCCUGCUCGGCGUCAUUGAUGAGAGCAAUGAAGACAGCCUCACCCUGAGGCAGCAAUGGAAGUGGGUUAAGGCCGCGAUGGCCGACAUUGCUAUCAACAUUAUGUUGGAGAAUCCGGGACCUCCGCCAACCUGCAAGGGAGCGGGGUGGUUCCAAAAUAACAUCCGCGUUAUAGCAUGCGAGGAUGCUAGAUCAGCGGAGAUCUAUAAGAAAACAGUCGCAGGUAUUGGAGAAGUCUACCCUGGUGCGAAGCUCAGGGCGGUCGACUUCAAGGACCUACCGGUGCGACCGAGAGCGAGAGCAUGGUUGCCUUGCAGGCCAGCGGAGCCAGAAAGGAUCCUGCAAACCAUAAGGCUCUAUAACCCGGAGCUACCUACCGAUAAUUGAAAGGUGGUAAAAAUUAACGAAAGCGGUAAAGCGACGAUGCAGGUUGUCCUGCUUCUAAAUAAGGACUCCACAGAGUUGUUGGAGCAAAAGAGCGGGGUCAUACGUUACGGCUGUGACAUGGCCAAAAUUAAGGUCUACAGCAACGACGUAAACGCAGCGAAGAACCUGAUCGCGGAGGUAGAGCCGGAAGAGGCCAACAGCGACGUGGAGAUGGAGGAAGAAUCCGAGCAGGUUGAUCCGAUGGACGACCUGACCGGGGGUUAUGCCUCAUCGACGUCUUCGCUGGGGGUCGGACGCAUGCUUCGGCUUUAUACGGAGGAGGAGUUGAUCGAGAUGUCGGAAGACGCGGUCAACUCCACCCUAAUAGGCGACGUGGGCGAUAACGGCCAAGAUGGUGAAGGUACUGCAGAUUAACAUUCACCACUGUAAAGCAGCUUCAGCUGCACUGCUGCUCCAUCUAACAGCUAAAGGGGCAGCCGACAUCGUCCUAAUCCAAGAACCUUGGGUGGUGGGACAAAACAUUUGUGGGCUGAAAGCGCCGGGCUACAGACUGCGACGAGGACACAACAGCGGUCAGUCUAAGUGCAAACGGACGACCAAUUAAGAUGGCAUCCAUGUACCUAGCGCACGACAAGGAGGUGCCAACUAUCUGCAUUAAAGACCUAGUGGCCAG